AUGCUCUUUCGGCCUCCCAACAGAGGUCGCUGCAAAAUCCUUUUGGCAGUGACGGCAUCUGUAUCGCUUGCUUUUCUUGGAGUUAGAGCGGCCGAGGUCGAUAAACUGUCGCCAAACGAAGGCAGCGUUAGCUUGGGUGGGCGCCACCUUUUUGGCGAUACCUUCAACCGGGAGAGAAUGGCAGAGAGUAUUUUGGACCCCAUUAAUCCAGUUGGAGGAUGGCCAAAGGAUCCGAAGCAGCGAAGUGUUGGGCAGUACACGCAGGCUGCUUUCGAACAAGACGCGCAGGGAACUGUUCUUCAUAUGGCUAUUGCGCUGGGCUGGACUGAGGAAGAAGUCACUGUAUUCAUCUCGCAUUUUAGACGUGAGAUUCGAUCACCCAAGAUUCACUCGUAUUUCCGGCAGAAGGUUGUUUGGGGACGGAAGCCUCUUUAA